AUGCCGAAAUAUACAAAAAAAACUCGUGCUGCUGCUCGUAGUGCGACGAGUAAGACGACGACAAAAGCAGGUGCUGAUGAAGAUAUGUCUGCUGAUGAUGGUGUAAGUGUUUGUUCGAAUAUUUCCGACGCUACAAGUAUUUACGACGAUGUUGAAGGUGGAGCAGUAGCAGCAAAUGACAUAAUCUUAUCAUCGGAUAAUCUUGAAGAAAAACUUGACACAGCAAUAGAAGGACUUCGAAAUAAAGAUCUAAAAUCACGUGAAAGUGCUUUGAAAACACUUCAAAUAUUAUUUUCACAAAAAUAUCUUCCCGAGCAAAUUGCUAAUCGAAGUGAAAAUUUAACAGAACAAUUAAUAGCAUGUUUAAAAAAAGGAAAUGAAUCUGAAGGAAAAUUAGCAGCUAUGGUUACUUCAAUCUUUCUUAUUCAACUUGGCGAACCAAAUGAUGAAUUAUUUCAAGAACUUCGUGAUGCUCUUUUACCAAUAUUAAGAGAUGAAACAAAAUCUGCAUCAUUAAGAACAAGUUAUGCUCAAGCAAUUGGCUUUGUUUGUUUCAUUGCCAGUGAAGAUAUUUCAUCAACUGUUGAAUUAAUGAAAUCAUUGGAAGUUAUUUUUUCCAAAUCAUUUUUACUUGGUGAUGGAAGUGUUCCAAUUGUAACACGUAAUUUACAAGAAUUACAUACAGCUGCACUUGCAUCUUGGUGUCUUCUUUUAUCAACGAUGCCAAAUAAUCAUGCUCAUGAUUUAAUUCGAACUUAUGCACCUGAAAAAAUUCCUGGUCUUAUUGAAUCUAAUGAUGCUGAUUUACGUAAUCAAGCAGGUGAAACAAUUGCUGUUUUAUAUGAAAUAGCACGAGAAAUCAAUAGUGUAUGA